AGCCAAGCAAUCAGCAGCAGUUCAGCAACGAAGCCGACGACGAAAGCAGUAAACAAAGUUAAAGUGAAAAGUGAAGUGUAAAUAAAGCAAAUACUUGUACAACAGUAAAAAAGGUGAGGAAAUAUUUAAAAAUCAGUCUUCUCUAUUCCCAAAACUAUCACUCAGCGUGGAGGACAUGGAAGCUGUAAUGACCGAACCGGAGCAAGCUUGCUGCAGUCACGAACCGACAGCGGUUAAAGCAAAGAAAAAUGCCAAAGAUCAAAAAUUAUUGCAAAAAGCGGUAAAGAAAGCAUACAAAGCACAGAAAUUGCUAAACGAAGCCAUCAAGCGAUUGGAGGCGUCAAGCGAAAAGCAGAAGAAGCAGCACAAGCAGCCGAAACAUAUUGAAAAUAGUAGCUCCAGUACAAGUUCUGGUACUAGCUCUAGUUCCAGCUCGAGUUCUAGUUCGAGCUCAAGUUCUAGUGACACUGAUGGCGAAACAUUUAUCGAUUUGACGAACGAAGUGGGCAAACCUGCCAAGCGUCACCAUGGACGUAAACACCAUCAUGGACGACGUAAUCGACGUGGACGUGAUCGUUCGCGCUCACGUUCGCAGUCACGCGGACGUUCCCGUGGACGCUCUCGUGGUCACUCGCGUGGUCAUUCACGUGGAUGUUCUCGCGGACACUCACGUGGACCUUCAAGGGGACACUCUCGUGGUCAUUCCAAGACACGUGAUCAAGAGUUGCGUCAAUUGGCGCAGUUUUUUCGUGGCGCCAGCCUCCAAACAGCUCCCCCUAUACCACAUGGUCAUCACCGGCGACACCACCAGCGAUCACAUACUAGACCCGAAGUAGCUGGUAGAGGAAACAGACAAUCUCGCUCUAAUUCACAUGAACGUCACAACAAAGACGAACAUAAGAAAAAGUAU